AUGAUUAACUCUGAGAAGAUGAAGAAGAAACCUCCCAAAGACAGUUUGACUCUGCUGCCAUGUUUCUACUUCGUGGAGCUUCCCAUCGUGGCGUCCUCCAUGGUGUCUCUCUACUUCCUGGAGCUGACCGACGUGGUGACGCCGGCUCACGUGGCGUUCCGCUGCCACGACCGCGAGCUCAGCAUGCCGUACGUAGACGCUGGAGACGAGCUCAUCCCUCUGCUGAUGCUGCUCAGCCUCGCCUUCGCUGGGCCGGCUGCCUCGAUCAUGCUGGUGGAGGGGGUGAUCUACUGCCUGCAGUCCAGACUGAAGCUGCGGCGAGCCGAGGGGAGCAUCAACGCUGGGGGGUGCAACUUCAACUCCUUCCUCAGGAGGACUGUUCGCUUCGUAGGCGUGCACGUGUUCGGCCUGUGUGCCACGGCGCUGCUGACUGACAUCAUCCAGCUGUCGACGGGCUACCACGCUCCGUUCUUCCUCACCGUGUGUAAACCCAACUACACGCUGGCCGCCGCGGCCUGCGCCAGCAACGCCUACAUCACCAGAGACAUCUGCUCGGGGCACGACCUGCACGCCAUCAUGGCCGCCAGGAAAACGUUCCCUUCCCAGCAUGCAACGCUGUCGGCCUUCGCUGCUGUUUAUGUUUCUAUGUACUUUAACUCGAGCAUCUCUGACAGCACCAAGCUGCUGAAGCCCCUGUUGGUGUUUGCCUUCGCCAUCGCCGCGGCGAUGAGCGGGCUGACGCAGAUCACGCAGCACCGCAGCCAUCCCAUAGACGUCUACGCAGGCUUCCUGAUCGGAGCCUUCAUCGCCGCCUACCUGGCAUUUCACGCUGUGGGUAACUUCAAGUCCUCUGAUGACAUCACUGCAGCCCCAACCCCCCCGCCUCCGAAGGAGGAUGCCCUGCGGGCGCUGACUGAGCGAGGACACGAGUCCGUCUACAACAAAGGCCCGGCCUCCGCCUCCGAGAGCAACGACGAGAUAGCCGCGGUGCCCGCGCCGGGGUCUCUGGGGGGGCCGCUGCAGAGGGAGACGGACUCCAUGGAGACCCUGAAGAGAGCCAGCGUGGACGUGGAGCUGCUCGCUCCUCGCAGCCCGAUGGGGAAGGAAACCAUGCUGACCUUCAGCAACACGCUGCCCAGAGCCAGCGCUAAUGCCAACGGGGGGCCGGUGCAGCGGCGUCUGAAGGCAGUGCCGGGCCCCGUGGACCCGCUGCGCUCGCAGCAGUUGGUGUCGGAGUGGAAGCAGAAGUCGAUGGAGAUGCGCGAGCUGAGCCUGCGCGGUGAGGCGGAGCGAGACGCCAGCGAGGACGGCUCCGUGGGGGCAGACGAGGUCUUCCAUCCCGCGGUGCAUUCUGGGAGGCCGGCGUCCGCUCGCAACCCAACUCCACCUCCGGGCGGCGCCAAAGCUGUGGCCACUCCACGGCCGCCGCAGAUCCCCGAGGCAGGGCCGCCCCCCGUGUCCCCAAAGAGCGCCGUGACCCGCGCUAAGUGGCUCGCCAUCCGGGAGAAGGCGAGCGGCGAGGGGACAGCCCGCAGCGCCGCCAACACGCCCAGACUCAUGCAGGUAGGGACGGGAACACAAGUUCUCCCAGUGUUCUCUGUCCUACGGUGUUCUCCGUCAUGCUUCCUGGCCCUGUACCCAUACAUCCAUACCCUGUACCCAUACGUCCAUACCCUGUACCCGUACAUCCAUACCCUGUACCCAUACAUCCAUACCCUGUACCCGUACAUCCAUAACCUGUACCCAUACAUCCAUACUCUGUACAGAUACAUACAUACCCUGUACCCGUACAUCCAUACCCUGUACCCAUACGUCCAUACCCUGUACCCAUACAUCCAUACCCUGUACCCGUACAUCCAUAGCCUGUACCCAUACAUCCAUACCCUGUACCCAUACAUCCAUACUCUGUACAGAUACAUCCAUACCCUGUACCCGUACAUCCAUAGCCUGUACCCAUACAUCCAUACCCUGUACCCAUACAUCCAUACUCUGUACAGAUACAUCCAUACCCUGUACCCGUACAUCCAUAGCCUGUACCCAUACAUCCAUACCCUGUACCCAUACAUCCAUACCCUGUACCUAUACAUCCAUACCCUGUACCCGUACAUCCAUACUCUGUACCCGUACAUCCAUACCCUGUACCCGUACAUCCAUACCCUUCUGAUGAUGUAUUUCCUCUCUAUGCAGGUGGUUUCCAUGGCGAAGCAGCAUGGCAUCCGUGCGGCGUCCUCCGAGACCUCCAGCUGCUCCGGCUCCUCCUCGACCGCCGAGUCCCCGCAGCAGCGUGGCGGGAUCGUCACCGUGGACGCCCACGCCCCUCACCACCCGGUGGUCCAGGCCCCGCCCCCUCUACAGACCACGCCCCCUCUACAGGCCCCGCCCCUGGCCGGGAACGGGAGCCUGUGGGAGUGGGCGUCCGACGGCGGUGACCCGCGGGACGCCUACGACCUGAACAGCCUGACCCGCGGCGACUCAGCGGCGCGCGGCAGCAGCUUCCGGCCGCACCGCUCCGCCUCGCCGCGCGGCGUGGGCGGGGGGGCCACGACUCACGGCGAGGCCGAGGCGGCAGCGGACGCUCAGCGCCGAGAGAUUGCCAUGAGACGCAAGACAGCGCUGGUUCUGUUGGAUCGAGAGCUGCGUGCACAGGCGGAGCAGGAGAACCUUUAUCUGCAGGGACGCAGGUUCAAGGACUAG